AUGUCAAAAUUAAGAGUCAUAGUGCUAGGAGACGAGCAAGUGGGAAAAACCUCUAUUAUCCGCACUUUUGUAUCCCAAAGCUUCCCUACUGAAGUCCCUCCUGCAAACCCACCUAUAAUAAUCCCAGCUGAGCUUUCAGACUCCAAAUCUUUCUUAACUAUUAUAGACUUUUAUUACCGUAGAGAACAAGAAAACAGUCAUCAGCUGAUACAAGAAAUAAAGAAAGCUGAUGGCAUUGUGCUGGUUUAUGAUGUGUCCAGACCGCAAACUUUCCAACAUGCCGUUAGUUUUUGGCUGCCUUUAAUAUAUGAAAACUCAAAGAGCCCCAGCAUCCUUGUAGGAAAUAAAAAUGAUAUGACAAGUCUGAUAGAAAACAAAGAAGCAGGAUUAGGAUUAGGAUUAUUAAAGUCAGGCGCUAGCCAUAUUGGUGACGCAGUCACCGAAGACCUCCUGUACGGGAGGUUCUACCGCUUUUCGACUCCAGCUCAGAAGGUAUAUCUCUCUUGCGAGUCCCUUCCGGUACCUUCUGUCUCCUCCUUACCUUGAGGCUUCAGUCUUGAGUGGGCGGCUUAUGGAUUUCUGCGGACCUGCUACGGGCGAUUGGAGGAGCUUGAUUCCAAGGAUCCUUGGAGUCUAUCGGGUGUCGAAGUGCCUUUCUUCGACAGCUACAUGAAAAAGACUGUUCCCCUGUGGCCUGGGCCGAAACCCCAGUUUUUCGGUAGAGGAAUGCCCAUGGAUCCUCAUAUCCAAAGGAUGUUGUUGAGCACCUCCAUUUCCAACCACAUGAAAGCAGCCAAAACCUACCCGGAUACACACCUCUUGAGCCUGCACUUGAUUCUCAGCUCGGAGUCCGUCCCAGUUCGCCGUAGCCAUAAGGUCCGGACUGUUGCGCCAAGAAGGCAGGUUUACACGUAUCGCCAUUUUAAUGUAUAGAAAACAAAGAAGCAAUAUCAGAAGAAAUCAGGGCAAGGUUUCCUGAGUGCUAUAUUCAGAUAGAGACUUCAGCGAAGUCUUAUGUAAGUAUAUCAAAGCUAUUUCAAAUCACCCAGCAGGCCAUUUUGUAUCCUGCUUCUCCUUUGUUCAAUACUGCACAAAACUGUUUAAGUGAAAACUUCAUCAGAAUUUUAAAGCUGAUUUAUAGAAAGUCUGAUAAAGACAGAGAUUUUAGACUCAAUUUAUUAGAAAUCCAAGGAUUAAAUAAAGCAGUUUACGGGCAAAAUUUAUCGCUUAAGGAUGCAGGAGAUUUAUUUUCAAUGAUUUCUAAUAAAUGCUCUGACGGAAUUGAUGACAAAGGUAUAAAAUUUGAAGGCUUCGUAAAACUGCAAGAGCUUCUGAUUAAAAAGCUAAAAACAAAAAAUUCAUGGGCUUUGUUAAAGCAUUUCGGGUUUAAUGAAAAUUUAGAUCUGGAGCAGAAAAUUGAUUUGAAAAUUGAAGAAGGAAAAUCCUGCGAGUUCUCCAACGAUUCCAUUCAAUUUUUAGUAGACAUUUUCAAACAAUAUUCAGUAGAUUCUUUAUUAACAAGAGAAGGAAUUUUUGAAAUUUUUUCAACAAUAACAACUCCGCCCUGGGAAACUGGAAAUUUUAAAUCUUGGGAUGAUUAUAUUCAUUUUGUGUCUGCAACUCCUGACAGAGAAUUAUCAAUUUCUAGCUGGCUUUCGCUAUGGACUUUUUUGAUUUAUACAAAACCUGCAGAAACAGUUAAAACUUUACUGAUGAUAGGCUAUCCAAAUAAGUUCCAAACUGCCUAUACAGUCACUUCUGCAAGAAAUUUCAGCAAAGAGUCUGAUAGAAAAGUUUUCAAGGUCAAUUUGCUUGGCGAUGAUAUCGAAUCACAGAAUUCUUUAAUGAGGAGUUUUCUUGGCAAAAACAUACGAGAUCACGUCCCAAGCGUUGUUUGUGGAGCAGUUGACCCUGGAGAUGUGUUUUCUGAUAAUACUUACUUACUCUUGUGCAGAGACCCUGAUUUAAACACCCUUGAAGAGUGCGAUAUUUCAUGUAUUAUAUUUGAUGGAAGCCUAGGCUCAAUUAAUUUCUUGAAAGAAAGAGUUUUGACCCUUUUACCUCAAAAAAUGCCAAGACUGCUAAUUUUAAAUAAAAGAGAAAACCAAGAUCACGAAAAUGUCUACGCCUUUUCCCUAGAGCUUGGGUUAAGAGAGUAUGCCCAAGUGAAUUUUUCAAAAAAAGUGCCAGAUUCGUUGUUUAAACAGAUAAAAGAUACAGCGCAGUAUCCCUAUAAAGGAAGCUUAAGAAGAGAUGGAGGAAACAGUGGCUCUGGAGAAUCUUCAAGCAUAGCAUUUUGGUUUUUAUUGGGAAUGGGAUUCGCUACUAGUGCUGUUUUCAUUGGUAAAAGGCUGAUCCAGAAUAAUAUUUUGAAGUUUUAA